AUGGCGGCACAGACUCUAUCCUUGGUGCAACCCUGUGGCCUGCGUUUUGCUGGUAGACGAUUGAGAAGUGUGAUUGUAGUCGAAGCUCGGAGAGGAAACUGGAAUUCAAUGAGGCUUAGUAAUUUCUUCUUCUCCAAAGUGUGGAAGAUAUCUUAUCGGUCAAAGCAUAAUUUUCCUGAAAAUUUUCUGGAACAAAUUGAAACGUGUGCCAAUGCUAGGCUCGAAAAUCAGUCGAAGCUGAUAAGUAAGGUUACAGCUUUGGUGGAGUAUGGUAAUGUUGAUGAUUAUUUCGAUAAGAAAUCUGAUGAGCAAGUCAAGAAAGAACUUGAAUUCGCGUGCAAGAAGUUCCCUUCAAUCACUCUUGGCCAUUCUCGUCCCGUGGAACUAUACAGCAAGGAUAGAUCUUCCGAGGAAACAAGAAUCAUUCUCAAAACGCCACCUGAAAACAGUUUCCUUCCCACUCCCACGCUUGUAGGGGUGCUUGAUCCUGACAAUCUUUCCGGAACAUUCCCUCCAGAGCUUCUGAAUGUUGAGUCUUCCAGUCUCAGAGAAGAAACGUCAGAUGGCUCUUCGUUUACGUCCCCAGCUGCAACAUCCGAAGCUGAAACGACCUCUGAUGAUUCUGCUGCUCAUCGUUUCCUUGAUUGUUCUAUAGGCUCUAUGCCUGGUUUAAGUAAGCGGCACAGUAAUCAGCUAGACAGCUAUGGCUUUCACACGAUGAGGAAACUAUUGCAUCAUUUUCCUCGUACCUAUGUAGAUUUGCGGAACCCACAAGUUGUUAUUGAGGAUGGACAGUACUUGAUAUUUGUUGGGAAAAUCUUGUCUUCCAAGGGAAUUAGAGCUAGCGAUAAAAUUUCAUUUCUUGAAGUUGUUGUCAGCUGUGAAGUCUCAGGCAGAGACAGAACUCCAGAGAAUCUGAGUUAUAAUAAUGCUGAUGAUAAAGGAGGAAGAAAGGUUUUUUUUCAUCUGAAGAAAUUCUUCAGUGGUCAUCAAUACACCUGGCAAUCAUUUCUUAAUAGAGUUCAAGAGAGAUAUAGACCCGGGGACCUUGUAUGCGUUAGCGGGAAGGUCAAGGCAUUGCAUGCGAAUGAUCAUUUUGAAAUAAGUAAAUACAAUAUUGAUGUACUUAAAGAUGAAGAGGAGUCCUCUCUUCGAGUCCAGGAGAGGCCAUAUCCUAUUUACCCUGCAAAAGGAGUGUUGACUCCAAAGUUCAUUGGUGAUGUCAUCUCCAGGGCUCUGCAUGUUCUCCCUGCCAAUAUAGAUCCGCUUCCUAAGGAAAUCAGAACAGGUUUUGGCCUACCAUCUCUUCAUGAUGCCUAUACUGGUAUUCACGAGCCCAAGGAUUUAGAUGAGGCUGAUUUAGCUCGCAAAAGGCUUAUAUUUGACGAGUUCUUUUACCUACAGUUGGCACGCUUGUACCAAAUGGUUCAAGGUCUUGGCACGAAAUUAGAUAAAGAUGUAUUGCUGGAAAAGUUUAGAAACCCAGUGCUCAAUUCCGUUUAUAUAGAAGAAUGGUCCGAACUCACCAAGUGUUUUCUGAAGGCUCUACCAUUUUCCCUUACUCCGAGCCAGCUCAGUGCUGUCUCAGAGAUAAUUUGGGAUCUAAAGCGUCCAGUACCAAUGAAUCGGCUUUUGCAGGGUGAUGUUGGAUGUGGAAAAACAGUGGUCGCUUUCUUGGCUUGCAUGGAGGUCGUAGCAUCCGGUUACCAGGCAGCUAUCAUGGCCCCCACAGAAUUACUUGCAAUCCAGCACUACGAUCAGUUGCGUGAUCUACUUGAGAAGAUGGAGGGGGUACCGUCCAAGCCAACCAUUGGGUUGCUCACAGGCUCAACCCCAACAAAACAAUCACGAAUGAUUCGCCAGGACCUUCAAAGUGGAGCUAUAUCGAUUGUAGUUGGAACUCACAGUCUGAUAGCUGAAAAGGUAGAGUACUCUGCAUUACGUAUUGCCGUAGUUGACGAGCAACAACGGUUUGGUGUAAUCCAGAGAGGAAGAUUUAACAGCAAGUUAUAUGGGACAUCAAUGACAUCAAAAUCUGGCUCAUCUGACUCUGAUGAUGCUUCCAAAUCUGAUCUCAAUGACAAUAUGGCUCCCAAUGUUCUUGCAAUGUCAGCCACCCCAAUCCCGAGAUCACUUGCCCUAGCUUUAUACGGAGACAUCUCUUUGACUCAAAUUACCGGCAUGCCACUUGGGAGAUCACCAGUUGAGACGCACAUUUUCGAGGGGAAUGAGACUGGCCUCGAGGAAGUCUACUCGAUGAUGCUGAAAGAUCUGAAGUCUGGAGGGAGAGUAUACCUUGUGUAUCCUAUUAUUGACCAAUCAGAGAACCUGCCACAGCUCCAUGCUGCCGCUGCUGAGCUCGAAACAAUACCCAUAAAAUUCCCAGAGUACAGCUGCGGACUAUUACAUGGAAGGAUGAAGAGUGACGACAAAGAAGAGGCUCUUAAAAAAUUCAGAAGCGGAGAGACGCAGAUACUUCUCUCCACCCAGGUGGUAGAGAUUGGCGUUGAUGUUCCAGACGCUUCAAUGAUGGUUGUCAUGAACGCUGAAAGAUUUGGAAUCUCUCAGCUGCACCAACUCCGAGGACGUGUUGGCCGCGGAACCAGAAAAUCGAAAUGUUUACUAGUUGGCACAAAUGCCAAUAACCUAAAACGGUUGAACAUGCUGGGGAAGUCGUCAGAUGGAUUUUACUUGGCGAACAUAGACCUUCUUCUACGUGGACCUGGCGAUCUGCUUGGGAAGAAACAGUCUGGUCACUUACCGGAGUUCCCUAUCGCUAGGCUAGAAAUAGAUGGCAAUAUGUUGCAGGAAGCCCACAUAGCCGCUUUGAAAGUUCUAUCAGAUUCUCAUGACCUGGACAAGUUUCCAGCGCUGAAAGCUGAGCUUAGCAUGAGACAGCCGCUUUGUCUUCUUGGGGACUAA